AUGACGGGGAAAGCGGGGGAAGCGCUGAGCAAGCCCAAAUCUGAGACAGUGGCCAAGAGUACCUCGGGGGGCGCCCCGGCCAGGUGCACAGGUUUCGGCAUCCAGGAGAUCCUAGGCUUGAACAAGGAGUCUCCUAGCUCCCACCCGCGGGCUGCCCUCGACGGCCUGGCCCCGGGGCACUUGCUGGCUGCGCGCUCCGUGCUCAGUCCGGCAGGAGUGGGCAGCAUGGGGCUGCUGGGGCCCGGGGGGCUUCCCGGCUUCUACGCACAGCCCACCUUCCUGGAAGUGCUGUCCGAUCCGCAGAGCGUCCACUUGCAGCCACUAGGCAGAGCGUCGGGGCCGCUGGAUACCAGCCAGACGGCCAGCUCGGAUUCCGAAGAUGUUUCCUCCAGCGACCGAAAAAUGUCCAAAUCGGCUUUAAACCAGACCAAGAAACGCAAGAAGCGGCGACACAGGACAAUCUUUACUUCCUAUCAGCUAGAGGAGCUGGAGAAGGCAUUCAAUGAAGCCCACUACCCAGAUGUCUACGCCCGGGAGAUGCUGGCCAUGAAAACGGAACUGCCAGAAGACAGAAUACAGGUUUGGUUCCAGAACCGCAGAGCCAAGUGGAGGAAGAGAGAAAAGUGCUGGGGCAGGAGCAGCGUCAUGGCUGAGUACGGGCUCUACGGGGCCAUGGUCCGGCACUCCAUCCCCCUGCCUGAGUCCAUCCUCAAGUCUGCCAAGGACGGCAUCAUGGACUCCUGUGCCCCGUGGCUACUGGUUCAAGAUGGCUUUCCCAGGCGCUUUUCUAAACCCGAAUACCAACAAUUCUUUUUAGGGAUGCACAAAAAGUCGCUGGAGGCAGCAGCUGAGUCGGGAAGGAAGCCUGAGGUGGAACGGCAGACCCUGCCCAAGCUCAACAAGAUGGAGCAGGAGGACCGGGCCCCAGACGCCCAGGCAGCCAUCUCCCAGGAGGAACUGAGGGAGAACAGCAUUGCGGCCCUCAGAGCCAAAGCUCAGGAGCACAGCACCAAGGUUCUGGGGACUGUGUCAGGGCCGGACAGCCUGGCCAGGAACGCUGAGAAGCCAGCAGAGGAGGAAGCCAUGGAUGAAGAUAGGCCAGCAGAGAAGCUCAGCCCACCGCAGCUGGAGGACAUGGCUUAG